AUGCAGAAGGAGAUGCAAAGGGCGCAGCUGGAGGAUCGGGUCGCCAAGGCGCGAGCGGCGAGCGAGGCGCAGCUCGAGGCACGCGUGGCGGAGAUCCUCAAGCCGGCGCUCGACGAGUGGGCCACCAGCGCCAUCGACACCGCCGAGCUCGAGCGGCGAAAGGCGGCCGCGCCGGAGCAGGCAAAGGAGGAGCGCGAGCGGCGCGUCGGCCCGCUCGACGCCGCGCACGACGCGUUCACGGAGGCGGCGGCGGCGCGCGAGGAGGCGUGGGAGGCUUUUGCGAGCGCGUUUGUCGCGGAGCAGACGGCGGAGGGUGAGCUGCUCCGGUCGCUGGAGGCGGUGGAGGCGGCGGGGCAGCCCACCAACUGGCAGCCCACCCGGCCAGUGCAUCGUGGGCAGCCACCUGGGUACGGUGCGCCGCUCGGGCCAGGCGGGCUGGGGAUGCCGCCCCAAGGGAUGGGGAUGCCGCCCCAGGGAGGGAUGGGGAUGCCGCCGCAGGGCGCAGCGUUCCAGCAGCAGCAGGGCCAGCAAACUCAGGGGCAGGGGCAGCAGGGCUUUGACCCGCAAGAUUUCCCGCAGACGCCACCUCCCGGCUUUGGGAUGGGGUUCGGUGCGCCUGGCUUCGGCAUGGGAACGCCUGGCUUCGGCAUGGGAGCGCCAACGUUCGGAAUGAUGGCCUACGGCCCAUCGCCCCCGCAGGGCACCGCCGAGCAGACGCCAAAGGAGGGCAGUGAGGCGGAGAAAAUCUCUCGAAACUGA